UCGGCUUUUGUGUUGUGAAAAAGAAAAUGGCGACGGGUUAGAGAAAAGACAAAAAUAUGUCGAAUUUACUACUUCGUUUUUGCAAUUUCCCGUUAUACAUACUGAAAAGAACGAUUCCUUAAGGAUUUAUAAAUAAUGUGAAAUUUCAAGGAGCAUAUUUUGAUAAACCUAGUGGAAAAGCAGAGGAUUUAAAAAUGGAUUUAACCGAAAGAAGUAAACGAACAGUUUUGUCCUGUGUUGUUACUUUUGCAGUCGUGUGUUUAAAGUGUGUACAUGCAACGACCAGUUUUACCGAGCUCACAUUCCUAGAGGAGCCCAGCAACCUGGUGGUUUCCAGGGGCAACGCCGCCACGCUUCACUGCUCCGUCCAAUCAGAAGCAGGAAUGCCCAACGUCAUUUGGAUGAAGGACGGAAAACCCCUGGGUCUUGACGAUCAAAAUAUUCUUUGGCCAAACGGAUCUCUUCACAUCACCAAUGUCGAUGGUUCGAAUCGGGGCCUGUAUCAGUGCAUGGCCACUCUCCCCCAGACUGGGGCCAUCAUCAGCCGCUUCGCCAGCCUACACACAGCUUAUCUCUCUAGAAACUUCAUCCGCGAACCUCAGGACCUCACGAUUUACCUCCAAGAGGUAGCCAUGUUUGAAUGUGAAGGUGAUGGACUGCCCGCCCCCAAUGUCACAUGGUACAAAGACAACAGUCUGCUCCGAGACUUCAAGCCCAACAUCCUGGUGUAUCCAGAUGGAGUUCUGGAAAUUAACCCCGUGGAAUUCUCGGACUUCGGCACGUAUUACUGCCAGGUGGAAAACACGGAGAGAGCCAGGAGUAGCCGGUUAGCCAAGCUCGAGCAGAACGGAAAUACAGAUUCCUUUGAUGACGGCACCGCACCGUGGUUUGUGGCGACCCCCCGAGACACCAGUAUCCCAGAAGGCUCUUCCACCAUACUGUUCUGUGGGGCCAAUGGCUUCGACACCCUGAGGAAAAAGCCUGAAAUUACCUGGCUUAAAGAUGGAGAAACCAUCAUCUUCAAUAGCACCCAGGGUCGUCUCAAGUUGAAGGGGGCGGGCAGCUUGCAGAUAUUCAAUGUCCAGCCCUUUGAUGCUGGGACCUACUCCUGUCGUUCCAAUAACCUAGAGGACUCUAUAGACGCCGAGGCCACCCUCACUGUGUUAGUUCGGCCUCAUUUUGAGACCAAACCACAGAGCGUCAGGGCAUACGAGAAAACAGAGGCCAUCUUUAAUUGUAAACUCAAGGGUUCCCCAGCGCCAGAGGUCCGAUGGACGAAAGAUGGACUCCCGCUACAGGAGUCUAAUUACAUCAUCGAAAACGAAGACCACCUGAGGAUUAUGGGAUUGGUGACCUCUGACAGUGGAUAUUAUCAGUGUCACGGCAGCAACGAGCUAGGAAGCAUCCAGGCAAUAGCUCAGCUUGUUGUGCUACCUAACACACUGGCCACUCUCACAGACAGGUAUUCCUAUGGAGGACAGAGGAGCCCGCCCUCAAAGCCCACUGGUCUAGCGGCUGCCAUUGUGUCCAAGCGGUUCAUCACACUCCGAUGGGACAAAGAUGAUGAUGGGGGGACCACGGGGUACACUGUAUUCUGGAGGGAGCAGGGCUCUCUCAGAGAACGUAUGCUGAAUACCACACAGCCUGAGGCUACACUUCAGAGGCUUAAUCCAGACUCCAGAUAUCAGAUCCAGGUACGGGCCUUCAACAGUGUCCAGUACAGCUGGAGCUAUGCAAGCAUCGAAGUUGACACCGAAAAAGAUGUGGCGGUGCCAAGUCCACCGGUCAACAUUCGAGUGACGCCACAGUCCCCAGAGUCCAUCCUGGUAACUUGGGACCCACCUCUACAGCCCAAGGGACAGAUUCUGAAGUAUCUCCUCAGCUAUGAGGACUCUCAUGGAUCACCCAAACAGAUUGAGGUGUUGGACACCAGAAAACUUCUGACAGGUUUGAUGGCAUUCCGAACCUACACACUCCGUGUUGUGGCUGUGAAUGAAAAUGGGGAAGGGAUGAGCACAAGGGAAAUGACCACAAAGACGUACUCAGACAAACCGUCAGAACCACCACAAAACGCCACGCUUGAAACCGCAAGUUCUACGUCACUCAUUGUGCGAUGGGAACCUCCCCCUCGGGAGCACCAGAACGGGAAAAUCACAGGCUACAAGAUCCGCUACAAGAUGAAAGGCGCCUCCAGAAACGGAGCCACCGUUACCACGGAUGGGAACCGCCGUCUGUACGCCCUCACUAACCUGGAGAAGAUGACAGAGUACCAGGUGCGGAUCUCAGCUCUGACCGUCAACGGGAGUGGACCACUGACUCCCAAACUGAAGGCCACCACCUAUGAAGAUGAUUUGGAUGAGUCUAGGGUACCUGAUGCCCCUCGCACAGUGACUGUGACCCCUCAUGCGACCUCCAUUCGAGUUUCGUGGACCACCCCUCCCCCGGAGAAGAAGAUCGUGGUGCGGGGCUACGUCCUGGGGUGGGGGAAAGGUGUUCCGGACUCGGAGAAGAAAGUCCUUGGGCCUGAUACCCAAAUAUACACAAUAGAGAACCUCAUUCCUUCCUCCGAGUACGUGAUUACAGUUCGCGCCAUGAACAACAAAGGGGAGGGAUUGACCCGCUACACCACAGCAAUCACCACCAAGGAGUCCGUGGAGGAGAGGCUCAUUCCACUUUUUCCCCCGGUGGGUCUGAAGACGAUGGUUUUGUCCUCGUCCACCAUUGUUCUGACCUGGACCGACACCUCGAUUGGCCCCAGUCAGAAACUGCUGGACAAUCGUUAUUAUACUGUCAGAUAUCGUCUGGCAACGGAGACGGAAAAUGACAAUAACAGGUACUGGUACCUGAACUCGACAGACCUAAACGCUCACAUUGACCACCUACGUCCCAACACUAAGUACGAGUUUGACGUCAAGAUCACGAAGGGGCGGAGCGUAAGUCCAUGGAGCAUGAAGGAGUCCAACAAAACCAUGGAAGAUGUUCCUGCUACAGCCCCGGUAGAUCUGACCCCUGUCCCCAAGAAGAACGACCCCCGGGCAGUCAUCAUGAACUGGCAGCCCCCCGCUAAACCCAACGGACAAAUCACAGGGUACCUAGUUUUCUACACGACGGACCCAAAGCAGGACCUGCGUGAGUGGGUGGUAGAUGGGGUCCUCGAGGGGGAUGAGCUGUCAGCGACCAUCAAACGCCUCACCCCCUCAACCACAUACUACUUCAAGGUCCAGGCACGCAACAGCAAGGGUUACGGUCCGCUGUCUGAGACCGUCAUCUAUAAAACACCUCAAGCGGACGGAAGUGGUGGUGGCCAGAUUGAUCCGGAGUAUCCACGGAUCAGUCCCGGUGGGAAAGGGACAAUGCCCGAUUUGUCCGAGGACCCGAAAAAAACCAGCGUGGGAGGUAACGGAAAUAGUCGAGACAGUGAGGGGAGAAGGGGCAGUAACUCAGAGAGCGGUCUGCCCACCGGCAUCAUGAACAUUAUCAUCGCCUCUGUGGUGGGGGCGGCAUUCUGUGUCAUCAUCAUCGUCAUCGCUGUCAUUUACUGUAAGAGAAGAGACAACGAACAAAGGCUCAAACGCCAAGCUCAACAAAACCAGCAGUCUCCUGUGAAAGGCAAAGGUCAGGGUCGUGACCUAAAGCCCCCUGACCUCUGGAUCCAUGACAACAUGGAGAUGAAGAACAUUGACAAAGGUCAGAGGAGUGAGAGUACGCUGACCAUGAGCACCACGCGGCGAAGCUCCAACGACUACCGCUCAAUGGACGACCUGCCACCCUACCACGAGGACAGAAAUGAAAUGUACUACCAUCCACCCUCUGAUCACGAUGAAAGAGAGAGGUUCCUGCCCCCAAGACAACCCGGUCCUGGGAUAAUUCGCCCCAAGGCAACAAAACCCUUAAUGAUUCCAGUGGAUGCUCAACCUCCACCUAGGGAACCCAUUGCAAUGGUGACAGCUUUACCUAAUGGAGCGCUCAACCCGAACCUGGAUCGGGGAGAGCCGGGGGUAAUGUCUCGGCCAGGAUUCCCCCGGACUCAGUACAACAUGCAGUACACAAGUGGGGGACCAAGAGUCAACGCCGGGGAUCUUCCCCAGCCACCACCAAUUCAAGCCUACCCGAUAGAUUAUGCAUACAAGCGUCCCAUUUAUGAUGAAGAUGACACAUCCAGCCUGCAUAGUUGUCAUGACGACCGUUCCUUUUCCAGUAGAUCCAUUGGUUAUGGCCAGAAGCCCCCUGACUGUCAUUCCCUAGGUCAAGGCCAACCAAUGGCCGUCAUUGCGCCAGGACAGCACGAGUUCGACGGCCACCGCAGUCUGCCCAGAGGAAACCGACCAAUGAGAAGCUUCACAUCCCCAAACCCCCAUAACCAAUCAAAUCUCUUCUCAGGGGUUCAUCACCAUAGCACCCCAAAACAUCAGAUAGUCAAGCCCCAGCAGUCUCCCUAUAAGAAGGCCGGGCCUCCUCUCACCUCUGCUCCAAUCAAACCCCGUGCCAUACCUGUUAUAAAGCCCAAAGCUCCAGACGUCGUGCUGAAGGCCGGAGUAGAUCCAGACAUACAGAAGUCAGAAAGUACUGAGGAACUUUCAGCAGAAAUGGCUAAUUUGGAUUGUCUGAUGAAAGAUCUGAAUGCCAUAACGCAGCAAAACUUUGAGGUUUAGAAGUGAAGCAUAGAUUGAAACGAAGACAUUUUUUUUUUCAUGGAGUUGUCUCCCUUGAAUAUAUUUCACUGUGCCAUGUGUUUCUAUUUCCUCACAAAGUAAGUGGGAGAUUGACCAUGAAAGUUAUGUGUGGAAUUACAAAUAACUUCUGAAGAAGAAUGUAUUAUUCAAAUACUGACCUCUGUUGGGAUCAAACCAGAAGAGGACGAAUUCAUGAUCACUCUCAGAAACAACAGAAGUCAAGGGAAAACCUUAGAUAAACUAUAGUAUCAUUUCUGUUCUGUGUGGAAGGCAUGAUCCUGAUUUUGUUUUCACAUGUUUUUUCUGUACAUUGUAUAGUGUGACUAUACUUGAUAAGUGAAAGGUAGUUUAUAGACUUAAGGAAAAACCAGUGUUUUCAAGGAGAAGAGGUGAUGAAACAUAUCGUAGGUCAUUGAGGGACUCUCAAAUCAUUAUUUAAGGGAGAUUUGUUUCUAGGUUGUGUCAAUAUUAAAAUGCUUUAAAAACGAUCAAAGAAAUGAUAUCACGUAUAUCUUUAUGUAUUGGGGGAAUAACUUGAUGUCUACAGCCUCGGUGUGAGUUUGCAGCCUCAUUCUGAGUUUGUAGCCUCGUUUUGAAUAUGUGACCUCAUUCUGAUAAAGAAUAUGCUCAGCUUUCAAAGAGAGAUAGGGUUGUCUUACGUGUUGGACCUGCCUUCAUUAUACAUUAUAUGAUACACAUAUUGUCUUGUUGUAUGUUUAGUAAAACAGUAUCAAACGAAUCACCACAUCAACAACAUUUUCAUAGAACAUGUACAAGCCAAAACUUUAUCAUUGAAUACUCCUGAUAUUAUAAGCCAAUUUCAUCAAAUCAGCUCAAAUGUAUUACAAAUGAUUACUUUUGUCACUGAGUGAUAUAUGCUAAUCUCAUACAGAAAACAUCUAUUUGCAUCUGUUUAUUUGAAGAAAACCCCCCAGAUAUUCCCUUCUUCAGUGACAUUGUUGGAAACCAACGUUUUUGCGACAACUUUGAAUUUUUGCUCUUUUUAGCCCCUGACUAGUGAUAAGGUUGUUUGCAGUGAGUUUUUGCAACAUUUUAUUUCUUUUUGAAUAAAAUCUAAAACAAAUUAAGGCAUUAUUAGCCUGAAUGAUGACAAAUGUCCUCUUUGUCUCCGAAAAAUCUGUGAAAUCUACUUUAAGUGAAUUAUAGUUGGUUAACAGUGUAUGUAAAUUGUAAAGGAUAUAAUAUUAGCGCUAUUUUCUAACGCCUAUCAUAACACAAAUCAUUGGAAUGUUUAUAGAAUCAAAUACAUUGGGUGCAAAGACCCACCAGAUUAUAUAACCGUUUGUGGUGCUAUUUUAUUUUAAUCAUUAGAGUUCUGCAUGCAUAGUUUACAAAGCCAUGUAAUUGUUUUCAUCAUGAUUAUUGUCAGUUUGGAAUCUGUGUUAAAAUUUUUAUAUUUUUGAUUUUACAAGAUAAGGUUGUAGGCAAUGUUUUUCAUUUUUUCAAACUUAUUCAGGUCUUGCUACAUUUUGUGUCAUUUUUAAUAUGAAUUCACUUCACUGUAUUUAACUUCAACAUACAUCUUUAUACAAAGUCUACUAUCUUCAACUUUUACUUUCCUUCUUAUCCUUUUGUAUCAGACCAGUGGUACGAGUUUUGAGUAAAAUCUUCAAUGAAUUCUGACCUAUUCUUUGGAAUUUUUACUCCUGACUUUGAACAAAACGUACGAACCAUAUCUAUUGAUAUUUAGGGGCUUGACCACUACAGAAAUUUUAGUUUGAGUUUUGUACUUUUUAAGUACCGUCUUGGAAAUUUGGCUUUACACGUGUUUCUUAUUUGUAUUUCACGGGUCACCUUUGAAUAUUUGACCUGACCUUGACCUAGACUUAUUUGAUUCUGACCCUAACCUGCUGAAUUUGCCCUUUUAAUUUAUUUUUAGCAUAUUCAUUAUUUACUUGUGAUGUGUUUAUAAUAUACCUGUCCAUUUCAUGGUUAAUACGUGAACUGUAAUAUUUUUAUGCAAUUUAUUUAAAAACGAAAACCUAAUGUUUAUUAUUUUUAAAAAAAGGAUGGGCAUAUUUACCACUGAAAACUUUUAUAGCUCGGACUUGAAACUUAAUGUGAAGUUUGAUAUUGAACUGAUUUUAAAUGCCAUUAGGAUAUCGCUAAACGUCUUUAUAUUAUUGGUUGUUUUUUUUUUACUUGUUUUUUUUUUAUAAAGCAAUGAUACUCUGUGUAUCCUUUUGGUGUUUUCUUGACAUACUGCUUAUCUUGGAUGGUUGUGUACUUAGUCUAUAUAUACAGUCGUCUGGUUUUACACGUAGGUCCGUAUUUUAUUAUAUUUAGUAUUCACGUGAUGCAUGAUGUCACUGGCAUCGCUUUUGGUUGUGUUUGAUUUAUCGUAGACUUUUUUUUUUGACCCUGAACAAAACAUCUUUCAUAAUAAAAUUUAUGUAAUAAAACA